UGGCCUACAAAUUUUACAAUUCGAAGUCAGCCCUACGUGGUGGAUCUGUCCACCAUCAACCACCUACAUCUCUCUCUCUCUUUUAUAAAUGGCAGCAAGACAAAGAGCAAUAACAUAUUGCUUUACAAUGGUGUACUGUGUGGGCUUCAAUACGUUGCCAGAAGGCUGUGUUUCCACAAUUCUCUCCCUCACUUCUCCUCCAGAUGCGUGCAAAUCCUCACUGGUGUCUUCCAUUUUCCGGGCAGCGGCGGAGUCUGAUGUGGUCUGGGAGAGGUUCUUGCCGGCGGACUAUCAUGAUAUCUUGUCGAGGUUGGCUGAGCCCAUGGUGGCUUCUUCAAAGAAGGAGCUGUUUCUGCGUUUGUGUGAUCCCAGUCUCAUUGAUGGUGGGAAAAAGAGAUUCAGAUUAGACAAAUGGAGUGGCAAAAAUUCCUAUAUGAUGUCUGCAAGAGAAUUGUCCAUUUCAUGGAGCCAUGAUCCUACGCAUUGGAGUUGGACAUCCAUCCCAGAGUCAAGGUUCUCAGAGGUGGCUGAGCUCAAAACAGUGUGCAGAUUAGAAAUUCAUGGAAAGAUUAGAACUCAAAUGCUCUCACCAAACACAAAAUAUGGUGCAUAUCUCAUCAUCAAAAUCUCCAACCGGGCAUUUGGGCUUGACUUGAUGCCAUCAGAGAUAUCGGUAGAAGUCUCCAACAGCACUCAAGUCUGUAAUGGGACUGCAUAUCUGAGGUGUAGUGACAGCCAGAACAAGCAGAUGGAGAGGUUGUUUUAUGGGAACCGCGGAGAGAUGUUGAGGUCAAGAGUGAUUGAAGGUGAUGGAAGAGUCCCAUGUGAGAGGAGAGAUGGAGAUGGAUGGAUGGAGCUUGAGCUUGGAGACUUCUUUAAUGGUGAAGGUGAUGAGGAAGUGAGGAUGAGCUUGAGGGAGGUGAAGGGUUAUCAUUUGAAAGGAGGGCUUAUCAUUGAAGGCAUUGAAGUGAGGCCCAAGGACUCAAGAAAAUGAUAUGUUUAAUUCAACUAUUUAAUUAAAAUGUUUACAAAAUUAAGCAUUUUGGAAAGAUUGAUUGAAGGUCAUUUUUGUAUCAUGUGUAUUGGUUCUUUGGUGUGGUUUUGCAUGUAAAAGCAAAAA